AACAUUUGGCAUCUCCAUCAGGCCACGUUCGCAAAUAUCGGGCCGCAGCUUUCGGAAUGGCGAAGGCCCAAAAUGGCCUCCUCAUCUGGUUCUUCUAUUCCAGGACACUUGAUUGACACGGGAGCAGCACGGGACAUAUUCGGACCGCAGAAUCAUCAUUCUGAACAACUGUCAAAUGCUCAGGGAUUUCGUCAGAAAGGCAGGGAAUCCCGCCCAACUCCUCAAAAUGAAAAAUCUUCCUUUAAUCCAUCUGUCUCAAGAGAUAAAUCCGAGGUUAUCUUGCUAGUUUUCAACAGACGUCUUCAAGGUUUUGCAAAGUCCUCUCCUUCUUCCUCCUCUUCUGCAUCGUCUUCGUCAUCAUCCCGGUCUGUGCCAUCUACUUCAUCUCGCAAUACAGCGAAUAAUCCGACAAGCAACAAUAAAGAUUUUACUUAUGGGGAAGAAUCGAACAGUGCGAAUUCCAUGAUUGCAGUGGUCAAUCUUGACGAGGUGAGUCAGUUAGGAUUCUCAUAG